CACCAGACUCAACUCUGUCUCAUUCUCGACCUCGUCGGGCAUGCUUUUCCGCUGCCGCUUUCCGACAUGCGAUGAUAUCUGAGAUAAAAAGCCAGCAGAAGGCAGACGCAAGACACACCGAACUCAACGCGGAGUCCGUUUCUCGCUGAAGAAGGCAGAAACGAAAACUCUUUUUCGAGAAUCCGAAGUCCUUUCUCCAAGAGACAAGGAAUUCGACAAACAGAACUAAGGGAGAGCGAGCAAGAGUGGCGUAGUGGCGUAGCUGCAGAUUGAGGCUCUCGCGAGGUAAUUCAGGCGAGACGGCACUGCCUAUGCUGAAGAGUUUCUUCUCAAUUCGGUAGCCCAGGACCCCCAACAUCGGAGGGUGACUUCCCCAGUCUCUUUUCUCUCCUCUCCGUUCUCCUCUUGGUUCUUCGCCUUCUUCGAAAGUGGAGACAUCAGGCGGCGCUUGACACACAGACAGGCAACGCGAGAAAGAGCGACUGCCGGACGACCGGAAAGCGGAAGGAUUUCCAAGGUGACAGGUCCAGAAAAUACGCCAUACAGUGCAUCGAAUUCCUAUCUGAGACGGACUCCAGUGUCUUUCGUUCCUCACACCGAGUCUUCGUCUUCCGACGGCCGAAGUAGACGACGAGAGAGAAAGGUUUCCUUCUCGAGUUUUCGCCUUUCUGCUCCAGAGCCUUCCUCUGCAUCCCUGUCUGUCUCCUCGUUUUCAGUUCUCCUCCUCGCUCUUCUCUCACAUUCGCCUCUUCUGAUUCAGCGUUCUGACCGUUCCUGGCGUCUCCUUCCUUGCCCUCGCUCUUCACCUGUUCCCUUUCGUCGCUCAAAGCGUUCUCCUCUGUUCGCCGUCUCUUUUUUCGCGGUCCGACCUCCACGCUGUCGCUCAAGAUGUUGCUUCAGCGCGGAGAUCAGUGUUCGUCUCUCCCAGUCGAGGAGAGCGAGGGGCGCCUUUCCUCGAACCUCGCCUCCCACCGUGCACCUGACCUCCCUUUGUCUUUAGCGACUCUUCGGCAGCGGUACACCUCAGCUCAGCAAGGUCACGUUGUCGACUGUCUCUCUCAACUUCCUCCCUCGGCGGCGAAUGCCUUUGCUGCCCAACUCGCGAGCUUCGACCCCUGCAGAGUCUCCACCAUCUUCCGCCAGGCUCUGCAGCGCCACCAAGAGAAGACGGCAGCCUCGAAAGCGCGCGAGAGCUCGACGGAGAACCUGAGGUCUCUCACCUCUCCCUCGACGUCAACGCCUGGCUCGUGUGAAGCCUCUCUUGCCUCUGGGGUCGAGAUCUCUGCGCCGCGGUCCUCAGCGUCUUCUGACGGCCGACGGAAUGGGGAGUGUUCGGCUCCAUGGCGCUCGAGCCGAGAUGGAGAGGGGGGGGAUGGAGAGGAGGCCUGCACUUCCCCGAGAGCCGCAGCGAGAGGGCCGACGGAUGGCGAGAAGGAGGUCGACUCUGAUGAACGAGAAACGAAGUACGCGGAGAGCGUCCGGAGAAACGCGAGAAACGGAACGGCGAGGAACGACAGCUGCGAGGACGGAGAGGAGGAAGCCGCCGGGUUUCACCUGCCGGCCAGGUGCUGUCGCGACACUUGCUUUCCUCCAGAUUUGGUCUCGUGGCGCCGACUCGAGGCAGACCCCCAGAGACAUGCCAACGGUGACUGUGCGAGAGGAAAUGAAGCGAAAGAGCCAGGGGACAACGACGCCGUUAACGCGGAGGAAGGAAGUCUUGCAAAGGGCCUGGAAUGUCUCUAUUCCCGAUUAGAGACGAGCGCCUGUCCUCUUCUUCGUCUGAUCGACAUGCCGGAGAACGUCCGACAUCACUGGUUCUCUCGGGGGUUAGACCUCAUUCGCGAAGGGCGCGUAGCUGUGCUUGUGCUGGCUGGAGGCGACGGCACGCGCCUCGCGUUUGCAGGCCCCAAGGGGAAGCUUCCCGCGGGACCUCUGUCACGAAAAAGCAUUUUCCAGAUCUUCGCCGAGCGCCUUUUGCGUCUCUGCGCCUUGGCAGAAGAGACAGCGGAGGGCGUCGAGCCAGGCAGCGCAGCCCCGACUCCCCACAGGGAGACAGCCAAUGCGACGGGGGAGGCGGCAGGAGAGGACGCAGCGAGUGCGAGGAGCCGAAAAGCGAUAAAGCGAACCGGAGACAGCACAGUACGAUCCGGAAGACGUUCCCGAGUCGCCAUUCCACUGUUGAUCAUGACAAGCGAACGAAACGACGCGGAGACACAGGCGUUCUUUGCAGAACACGAGUACUUUGGUCUCGACCCCUCGACGGUCUCCUUCUUCCGUCAGCCGUCCCUGCCGACUUUCUCACCGGACGGACGCAUGCUGUUACAGGCCCCAGGGCGCAUGCAGACCGCGCCGAACGGCAACGGCGGCGUCUUCAGCGCCCUGGAGACUUCGGGACUUCUGCGGCAGUUGGAGGCCAAAGGCGUUGUCGGGAUCCAAGUGUGCAGCGUGGACAACCUGCUUGCGAAGGUAGCAGACCCCCUUUUCUUCGGACUUUGUGUGGACGCCAAGGUGCCCGUUGGCAACAAAGUUCUCGCUCGAAGAGACCCGUACGAGAAGGUCGGGGCCAUGUGCCAAGUCAUCGCAGAGCGUUCAACAGGAACGGCUACGAAGACUGGACGCGGAGGCGAAGCAGGCGAAGCGCGAGGCGAGAGAAAUGGAGAGGAGAGCAGGGAAGCCCGCAGGGGAGACGGAGAAGCGCGGAAACCGCAGAGAGGCAGAAAGCUUCUGCCAGCAGUCAUCGAAUAUUCGGAGCUUCCAGACGAGGUGCGUCUCGCGCGCUCGGAGUCGGCGAACCUGUCUUCGUCUGGCCGAGAAGGAGGAGACACCUCGCGAGGCGAGGUCGGAGACAGAAGCGCGAAGAACUCGGAGAAGGCCGCGGACCUUCUGUUUGCCUGGGGGAAUGCCUGUCUCCACUACUUUGAUCUCGAAUUCAUCAAGGCGGUGCUGAGGAACUCGAAAGCACUGGACGCCUCGUACCACUUGGCCUUGAAGAAUGUGAACGCCUUUCUCCCCCCAGUGGCUGUCGAGGGAGACAUCCGUGUGGAGAAGACAAACGGCCGGCAAGGCGAGGCAGGUGGACCCGUGACAAGCGAGUGGAUCCCAGUCAAACAAGGCUGGAAGCUGGAGCUCUUCAUAUUCGACGUCUUCGCCAUGGCCUCGCGCGUUCUGUGUGUGGAGGUUUCUCGAGCUGAGGAGUUUAGCCCCAUCAAAAACGCGAGUCCGAUUCCGGAUCCUCGUCGCUUGUCCGAGAUCUCAGAAGACACACUCUUCAGCGCCCAGAGAGAUAUGUCUCGGCUGCAUUGUUCAUGGCUGAGAAGAGCGGGUGUAUCCAUCGGCGACAGCGAAGGAACGGCGAAAAAAAGGCUGCAAGUGACGCAGACGAAGAACGUGGAGAACGGUGAAGGUCGAACACACGGAAGCAUCGAUGCGAAUGACGAGGGACAAGAAACCGAAGACGAGGACAGGGACUUCUCAGAAUGUUUUUGCGAAAUUUCGUCGUGUGUCUCGUACGGUGGUGAAGGGCUCGAAGCGCUGGUUGCUCGUGGUCGCGUCCCUUCGUCUGUCACGCUUCCUUUUGCGUUGGAAAACUGACUCGUGUGAGGUUUCACCCUUUCAGCGGAGCUGGAGAAUGCAAACAGUCACUUGAAGUUUCCGGGAACGAUGGCGCAUCCCGUGGGUCGUUUGUCAGACGGAAACAUACGGGGUUUCAGCAUGUGCGAACAAAGGUGAAUACGUUGUGCCUUUGAUCUGAGAAACAG